GAGAGAGAGAGAGAGAGAGAGAGAGAAGGAGACAAAGGAAGAGCCCCGUGUGCUUCCAAAAUGCUCAGAAAAUGCAACGCUUGACACUAGGUUCUCAAGGACGGUAAGAAACACCACCUUGGUCUUCUCCAACAAACCAACCAACCAACCAACCACCACCUUCCAGAGCCCGUAGCUCCCAUCCUCCCAGAGCCCCGCUGAGCUGGAGAUUUCAGACCCGGUUCGUCCAACAGAUGGGAAGGUGAUGGCCUAGGGCCAGGGGUCUUGCACCAUGAACGUCCAGCUGAGCUUGGAGAACGGCGGGGACAUGUCCAUCCAGGAGCAGGAGCUGAUGCACAGCGACAGCCGGGCCCUGCACUCGGCCCUGCAGAGGCCGUCGCUGGUGGCCUCUGUCCUGGAGGGCAGCGAGUACCACCGGGCGGAGCACGCCCUGGCCACCACCUUGCACCCGGGGCUGGGCUUCGGCGGGGAGUCGCCCUCCGCCGGGGCGGGGAACAGCUACACCACCCUGACGCCCUUGCAGCCCCUGCACGAGAAGUUCCACCAUCACCAUCACCACCACCAGUGCCUCCCCAUGGGGAACGUCAUCGGCAGCUUCACCCUCAUGCGGGAGGACCGGGGCCUGGGCGCCGGGGGGAACUUCUACAGCCCCUACCCCAAGGACAUUGGCAUGGGGCAGAGCCUGUCCUCCCUGCCCAGCCCGCAGCUGGGCCCCAUGCACAACUAUGCAGGCCACUCCUCCGCCCCGCUGGGCAACGAGAAGAUGGUGUUGGGCAACGGCUUCGAGGCCCACUCGGCCGCCAUGUUUGGCAGGAUGGAGCAGCACUUCUCCCGGGAGAUGUCCCCCUCGCAGAACUCCACCAUGGCCUCUCCCAGCGCCAUGGGCCAAACCCCCUACGGACACCCCCGGGCGGAGAUGAACGCCCGGCCCAACCCGCCCAUCGCCACCCAGACCACCGUCCUCUCCAGCCAACUGGAGGAGAUCAACACCAAGGAAGUGGCUCAGAGGAUCAUCGCAGAGCUCAAGCGCUACAGCAUCCCCCAAGCCAUCUUCGCCGAGAGGGUCCUCUGCCGGUCGCAGGGCACCCUCUCGGACCUCCUGAGGAACCCCAAGCCCUGGAGCAAGCUCAAGUCCGGGAGGGAGACCUUCAAGAGGAUGUGGAGGUGGCUGCAGGAGCCCGAGUUCCAGAGGAUGGCAGCUUUAAGGUUAGAAGCCUGCAAAAGGAAAGAGCAAGAUCAAGGCAAAGCCGACCGAAACCACGUCCCUAAGCGCCACCGCCUGGUCUUCACGGACAUCCAGCGCCGCACGCUCCACGCCAUCUUCCACGAGAACCAGCGCCCUUCCAAAGACCUUCAGAUCACCAUUGCCCAGCAGCUGGGCCUGGAGCUCUCCACCGUCAGCAACUUCUUCAUGAACGCCCGGAGGCGCAGCCUGGACAAGUGGAUGGAGGAGGGCCGCUCCCCGUCCUCAGGGGGCCACGCCACCAACCCCUCCUCGGCCGUCACCUGCACCAAAGCAUAACGGGCCUCCCUUUGGCACCUUCUGGCGUCCCCCAACCACGACCCUCCGUUACACCAAAGAUGGCAGGAUGGCCUUUGGCCAGGAGACAAAAUGGCGGAAGGGCGCU